AUGGCGUCCAGCCGGGUGCUGGGGAGGGAGGUCCGGGAGGAGCCGAGGCGCGCAGCCUGCACCGCAAACCUCGACUUCUGCCCGCACAAAUACUCCGUGCUCAUCAUCGUCGGACGCACCGCUGCCCACCUCGGACACACACAGGCGCUCAUCAGCGGGGAGAUUCAACGAGGUAUCCGGUCCUGGGACAUUGAUUUAAAAUCCUGUAACCUGAACCUCCAUCUCCAAGAGUUCCUGUCCCAUCACACGGCGUCAUUCAAGGGUACAGGACAGAAGUGUCUGCGGCACGGCACCAAAGUGUUGGACACUCAGGUGCUCAUCAGUCCGUCUCAGGAGCAGGUUCAUUCAGAGGUGUUUUCUCUGCUGUCGAGGGAAUCGGCUCAGAAGCUCUUGAUCCUGUGUGGACAGAGCGUGGAGGAAAGUGGAGACCUGCUGUUUCACAGAGGAUUGUUUUCACCAAACCAGCUGAAACAAAUACUGACAGAGCAGUUUCUCAAUGCCUCCUCCUCCUCUAAGCUCAGCCUGACCCUCAGCUGUCCCAACAUCGGCGAGUGGAGGAAGACUCUCUUGGGGAACCAGCCUCAGGAGCGUCCGUUCAUGCUCCACAUUAAUCCCCCAGAGGUGCUGCCUGCCAUGGAGGCCCUAGGGGACUUCACCUCCCUCAUCUCUGGGACCCUUUGCCCUCUGUCCAGCUUUGACCUCCUGCCUCCUCCCAUCACAGUUGGUUUCCUCAAGCUGUCCCGCCCCUGCUGCUAUGUCUUUCCUGCCGGCCGAGGCGACUGUGCCUUCUUUGCCGUUAACGGCUUCACGGUGCUGUUGGACGGCGGUUCGGACACACAGGCCUGCUUCUGGAAACUGGUCCGCCACCUGGACCGUGUUGAUGCUGUUUUGUUGACGCACAUCGGGACAGAGAACCUGCCGGGGGUCAACACCUUCCUGGAGAGGAAGGUGGCCGAGCUGGAGCUGAGUUCUGAUGUCAAAGCAGAGGACUUGUCGAAGAGGCUGAUCUCCCCAGAGCUUGGAGUAGUGUUCUUUAAUGCCCCCAGCAGGCUGCAGAUGGAGCAACAGCCUUGUGUGGACAAUGUCUUGAAGAGCACACAGCAGGCCGCCCUAACUUUACAGUUAUUAAAGAAGUUAGACAUCAGACCACAACCAAUGUUUCGACCACAGGCAGUCCCCUUCGAGCCACUGACCCUGUUUCAGAAGAUGGGAGUGGGACAACUGGACUUGUACCUCCUCAGUCCUGGUAAAAACAGCCAGGAGUACCAGACAUUCAUGCAGAACUGGCCUGACUCCUCAUCAGCAUCCAAAUCUCAAGAUCUCCCUCUCACAGCCCUGGCCUCCGUGUCCGCUCUGCUUGUGUGGCACCCAGCGUGCCCUCAAGAGAAGGUUGUCAGGGUGCUGUUCCCCGGUGUUACGCCCCAGGCGAAGCUGCUGCAGGGGCUGGAGAAGCUGAAGGGUCUGGCCUUCCUCCGAAAACCAACUGUGACAACCGGGGACCUGGAGAGGCUGGGUGAAGACGGAAAGAACAAGAGGAUGGACAGCCAAGAUAGUUGCAAGUCACAAGGGAAAGACACAACAUCAAAACAUGGGAAAGAGAAAGGGGUUAAAGAUGAGGUCAUGGUAAAGGAAAAGGGAAAAGGUUUAAAUGGAGUUGGUGCAAGGGAUCCUGAUAAAACCAAAAUCAAAGAAGUGGGUGUAAAGCAAAAAGUACCAACAUCAGAGAAGAAUAUGUCAAAGAAAGGAGGAGGGAGGGAUGGGAAAAGAGAGGAGAAGACCGGCAAUAGAGAAGAGAAUGGCGUAACGAAGCAUGAUCAGGUGAAAAAAGAAAGUCUCCCAUCCAAACCAAAGAAUGAAAAUAAAACUAAGCUCAAAAAGGAAGCAAAAAAUGACUCUAAAACAGGAGCGAAGAAAACAAGAAAACCAUCAGGAAAGGAGGCAAACGAUGGCAAGAAGACACAUGUAAACACUGAACUGCCGAAUAACAACUCAACAAAGCCCAAUGCUGGGACUGGGAUGGAAAUCCCAGAGCCUGAGAUGCCUCCUACUGAGCAGCAGAAUCAAAAAGAGGCAACAGAAACUGAAGUGAAUCCCUGCGGGUCGAAAACGUCUACCCCCGAGGACAUGACUGCUGAUUUUCUCAAGCUGCAGGAGGAAGGACUGGAUGAAGCAAAGCAGAGGAGCAGUGAGUCAGGAAAUGAAAAGGGCCUGGGAGGCAAAGAGACAAGUAAGGUGGCUGAAGAAGAUGAAGCAGGUGGUGAUAAUGAAGUGCAAGCUAAGGCUGCGACUGGAGAGAAAGCUGGUGCAGACUUGCAGAGAGGUUCUGGAAACACUUCCAAACCUGCAAAAGUUGUGGGAUUUCCAUCACCCUUAAACAACGCAUCAGAGAACGAGCACGACGUCCAGUUAGACCUAACUCCGACUGAGUACACUCUCCUAGACGGCGCUUUGAAACACAGCCCUCCCUCCAGAUCCUCUCCAGAGAACCAGGCCCCCGUCAGCCUUGAUGAGGAGACUGUGGAGCCGGCCUCCCCUGACUCACGGCCCAACAGCGCAGGGCACACUCCGUACUGUCUCUCCCCAGAUGACGUGUGGUGCAACAAGGCCACUCUCAGCAGGUUACAGGCCCAGAUGGGAAACUCAGAGUCCGGUGAGGUCAACCAGCCGAGUGGAUUGACCAGACAAAGUGAGGGGCAGCUGUCCCAGAACAAAAACCCCCCAGAAAGCCACACAAACCCCAGGGAGAAGCAUCUCAGUUUCCUUUCUUUGGGGACUUUUAAAGAUGGAUCUUCAGACCCGUCUCCCUCUCUGGCCACCACAACCACCACCACCACCACUACACACUCCAUGCCAGCAGAGGUGAGCUCACCUCAGUCCACUGAAGUAGAUGAGUCACUGUCCAUGUCUUUUGAGCAGGGACCAACCAACGUGAGCCAGAGAGAAGGGGAGGACAGCAUUCAUCACUCCCACUCCAACGGAGCCCAUUUUGCUGGGAUGUCUUUACCAAUGAAGAAGCCGCCCAGAUCUUUGGGGCAAGGUUCAGAGAUGGGGCGACCUCAGGCUCCUGGCACGCUUCAUUUUGAGGCAUCACCUCACGACGUAGAUCUUUGUCUGGUUUCUCCUUGUGAGUUCAAGCAUUUCAAACCUCCCGACUCCAGCUCGGCAGCCAGUGAACCGCCCAGAGGAGCCUUCACUUCGCAUCAUUAUGGCAACAACAAUAACAACAUGAAGGACACAUCACCUAGCGAAUCAAAUGCCCCAUUUUGUACAGAGGACUGCCCGUCCACCACGGCAGAUGGAGCGCUGGACUCAGAUGAGGACGAGUCAUGUAGUGAGCCGACGAACUCCCCACAUGACCUCUGCGCCAGUCAGGCUCUGCCCUGCGACCCUCCCCCUGCCGCGCUCAGGGACAGUCCGCCUCUGCCUCCUCACCCUGACACCUCCAUGCCUGUUCCUCAGUCUGACUCUGAUGCCCACGGGAAGAGAGCAAAAGCCGGCGGCAUGCGAGGGAAAAAGAUGCCAGGGGUUGUCGAGGGUUCCCACAGAUCAGGCUCGGGGAAAAGCAGGACAGGAAUCCAAAGUGGAGUCAACAAAGGGAACGUCUCUUCCACUCGUACGCCUUCAUCCAGCACCCGCUCCGCACCAGCAAAAUCCUCACCCAGUCCAGGCUCUAAGGCUGCCUCUGUUGGAGAAGCCAGUGUGUACGUGGACCUGGCGUACAUCCCCUCUGGAGCCUCCUCACCAACCGUCACCGUGGACUUCUUCAGGUGUGUCCGCUCCUCCUGCUACAUCAUCAGCGGCGACAGUCAGGAGAGGGAGGAGCUUAUGAGGCAAACACUGGACGCUCUGCUCGAUGGAAAGGCAUCCUGGUCUGACACCAUGCAGGUGACGGUGAUCCCUACCUUUGAGUCCGUGCCGAUGCAGGAGUGGUACCAGCAUACCCAGGACAGACAGAAAGAGCUGGGCAUCACCGUGCUGGGAUCCAACAGCACUGUCGCCAUGCAGGACGAGACCUUCCCCGCCUGCAAGAUCGAGUUCUGAGGCUCGCUGAGAGGCGCAGAGGUGGAGGGUGAAUAUGAGCUAAGGGAUACAAAUGUGUUUGUGGGAGUGUGGAGUCAAAAGAGUUAUUAUAGAAACAGAGAUCAUAUGGGGACAUAAAGGAAAUAUAAGGCUCUUUACUGCAUGAAAACAACUGGGUAAUUAGAUAACCUAUUCACCCCCAUCCCCUUUGUGGGCUUCUUUUGCAUUAGAGCCAUUAUUUCUCUUUGUCCAUGUAGAACAAACGUCCCUGUGGAGAGAACUGCAUGAUGUUUUUGACCAAUGACCCAGUGCCCAAGAUGAGCUGCAAACAUGUAAAUCCACGAAAGCUGAGGAUCUAUUAGUCAAAGUUAUUAGCAUACACAUGGUUAGAGGCACGAUGUGUGAGCCUGUGAUAUGUUUCUGGGCCCAUUCAGUUGAUUUAAACCAGUUCACCUGAGAGGAAUUUAAAAGGUUAUUCAGAAAAUAAAAAAUGUCCAACCAAUAGAAUACAGACGAAUGAAAUAUUCCUGUCCUUGUUGUGGAUGCAUUUACUUUAGAGUCCUGUAUGCGCGGUGGCUAUCAACGGUCGAUGCACUCCUACCCUUUACAGUUUUUAUAACACUGGCUUCCCGUCAGUGUGCUUGAUAAAAAAACAACAACACCUUCAUGGAGCAGCAAUCAGCAGAUCUCUGGUAAACAUGAAGCAACAAAAUCAAGCAUCUCAAUAAAUGUUUUAAAAUUUUUUGGACAUCUGAAAUCUGAGUGCAAGCGCACGGUUUGAGCUCAAGCAAAGCAAAUCUAAGCACAAGCAAGUGCUAUUUGAGUGCGAGCGCAGGGUUUGUAGUGAAAGCAUUGAAAAAUCUGAAAUCAAUGAGCACUGUUUUCAAAUUAAAAGACCACGCUCUUGAAUAAAAACAGGAGAAAAAUGUGUAAUAAAACAGCUCAAGAUUUUUCCCUAAUGACAAGAGUGUGCAAACUUUAUUAAAGCAUUGCUUGCUUUGUAUUUAUUUUAUGUUCUAAAAAUCAGUGUCCAGGUGUUUAUUGUGAGCACACAUGAGGUGAACUGUGCCGUGUGUCAUACCUGCUUUAAAAGACGUUGUCGUGUCCACUGCUAGUGAGCGAUCGUCGCCUGCUAAACCUGAGAUUACUGAAUCUUAGUGUGCAAAGACAAAUCUGUCAGCAGGGAUUAGAAUACCAGAUUUAAUUCAACAGCAUUACAAAAGUAAUCUUAUUAAUUAAUGGUUCCGUAAUUGUAAUCCAUUACAUGUGCUUAUAAUAAUGCUAACAAGGAAUCAGACUAUAAAUGCUUUUGUAGAGUUAUGUGUUGACUUGUUAUCUUAUAUUCUAAAAAUGUUAAAAUUAUUGACAUGUAAUGUAUUUAAAUUGUGAAUGUGAGGGACAUGAUCAAAGCCUUCAAUCAAGUAUGCCGUCGACAAAUUUGCACAGUGUAAAAUCGAGGGUGAGUCAAUUGAAUGUAAAUGUAAAUGAGAGAUUUCCAAGAUGUUCUCUGUAAAUAAGAAUGAAUAAAACAAAUGUUAUAUAUAAUUGGAGGCAAAGUAAUCCUGGACAUUGAAAAAAAACACACUAAACCACUGAACUGUUUCAUGUCUAAUUUUCCAAUAAUUCUCCCACAUUUCAAACAUUAAUUAUAAUAUUAAAUCUGUGUACAUGAAAGUAUACAGAAGUGUGUUUUUUAGAACAAUAAAUAAAUGAUAAAUCAAUUUUUAAUUGGGUUUAAAUGAUGGAGUUCCUCAAGGGAAAUAAAAAGCACUUUAAAUGCUCUCACCUCACUAGUUUCCCUGAAAUUCAGACCAUAUUUCAUAGAUUUAGACUCAAUGCUCUUUAAAAAUCAGAUACAUCUGAUGUAAUGGAUUACAUUUUAACCACACGAUUUCCUCUUCAAUCCUCUCUGGACGUCACAUGUUGAGAUGUGUAAGAUUCGCAGGUUAAAAUAUGAUUAGCUCUGUUGCUGUUCUGCCUUUAAAAGAAUUAAGUUGACACUGGUGUGAAUGACAGACACAGAGAUUCUUCAAUACCAAAGCACGAGAACAAAACGACACUACUGAUCAUUCUCCUCUUAGUGUGAAUGCUGCACGACAAAAGAUCAUUUUCAAUAACUCUAAAUUGUCCUAAUAUUUUCUAAUUAUAUAAAUGCACUUUUAUAACACAGAAGAAUGCAAUUAGUCUUAUUUUGUGCGAUCAAUUUCCUAUUUUAUCACUUUCUCAAAUGAUGUGUAUGGAAUUAAACUCUUCACACAUGUUGUCCGACUUAGAUUCAUCACAACUCUCACGAUUCCCCGCAAACCUCACACACACACACACACAAUAACUGAUUUACUGGGAUCGCAGGGUCGAACUAGUUCUGUAACUAUAACUUGAACCCCACAGUAGCCAAGUGAAUUGUACCUGUAUGUAUGUGUCCCGCAUGUGCAAAGUUGUGUAUGUACUGUGUGUUGUUUCAUUCAUGAUAUUCAUGAAGACAGAGAGCAAAGCACUGUGGGUAAGCAGAGGCAGAGGAGAGUGUUUUGGAUGAAAACUGAUGGGAUGAAGAUUGUGAUGCUGUCAAUUUGUAAUUGUCUCUACAAUGUCGAGAGGUUGUGGGUCGGGGGGGUAAUCUGUGAAUAAAGAAUGUGCAUCACCAUUUUAAAAAAAAGCCUGUUAAAAGUCACGUAAAUGCAAAUUCUACGUCAAUGCAGCCGUGUGGAUAUUAAAUAAAAUGAUGAAUGUGCAGCA